AUGGUUCGGUUGGAGGAUGGGGAAAACUUUUCCAAAACUAAAAAAAAAAAAAAAAAAAAAAUCUUUCUCUUUUUCUUUUUUUUUUUUGUUUGCUUUCUUUCGUUUUCAUCGCCUAGUUCGUGGAUUCUUACCUUUUCUCUCUUUCUAGGUAUUCUUUCGCUUGUGUAUAUCUCUUUCUUAUUAGUUCUUUUCCCUCCUCUUCCAUUCUUGAUUGCAGUCUUUCGAUUCCGUGAUAUCUUUCCUCCUCCUCCUCCUCCUCCUCCUCUUCAUCCCCUCCUCCUCCUAACCCCUCCUCCUCCUCCUCCUCUCUCUCGUCUCUCUCUCUCUCAAGUCUUACUCUCUCUCAAGUCUUACUCUCUCUCUCAAGUCUCUCUCUCUCUCUCUCUCUCUCUCUCAAGUCUUUCUCGUUUUUCUUUCUUUUUUUCUAAUCUUUCUUUUUCUACUCCCUCUUUAAAUUUUAGUUUUUCAUACUUGAAUCUAUUCUUUCUUUCCCAGACUUUUUCUAAUAUAAUUUUCUCUUUUCAUUCUUUUGAUUUCCUUUUUUAUUAUUUAUUUUUACGUAUUUUUUCUUUCAUUCCUUCUUUCUUUCAUUCUGUUCUCUUCCUGUUUUCAUUAUAUCCCUUUCUUUUUACUUCUCAUUUUGUUUGA